UUUUUUCUUUGUUUACAAAGUUUGUUGUUAGUGGUUCGUGCAAAGAAGUUGGCGUACAGAAUCAAACACAAAUUCGUUAUUUAUGUGAAUUUAUCCGCUCUGAUCGAUUUUUUACUCUUUAAAUAAAUUUUUUACUUGUUACAGUUAUCAAACGCAACAGCGCGUCGCAAUAUGACCAAUUGUUCGUGUGCCGUAGCGGACUGCAACAACAACAGGCGGAAUGUGAGAAAACGCAUGCUCGACAUUGGUUUCCACACGUUCCCGAGUGAUCCGGUGCAGAGGCAGCGAUGGGUCAAGUUUUGCCAGCGCGAACCAUCCUGGCAGCCAAAGUCCUGCGAUUCGAUGUGUUCGGUCCAUUUCAAAGAUACCGAUUAUCAAAUGUCCCACUCGCCGUUGAUACGAUUGGCAACGAAUUUGAGAAGGCUCAAGCCGGAUGUGAUUCCCACCAUCCGGAAGGGCCGUGCUAUUCCAGUAGCAGCGCGAAAUAAGCUUGCCCGGGAAGCCCGGCAGAAGCUCGAGCAGGAGCUGUACAGCAAAGACGAUCAGGAUGUAGACAUUGACGAAAUAUGUAAAACGAAAUACAAGCGCAGCGGCAACAGCUCCUCUGUGCUGAGCAAAGUUGUGUACCGGUUGAACAAAUUCCCCAACAUUUGUGCAUUCUGUUACAAAACCAUCACGGACGAGAGCGUGUUCGUGCCGUUCGAUUCGCAAAACGAGGAACUGCAAUGUACGAUCGGCCAGAAGUUUGACGAAAUAACGGGCGAAACGAUGGACCGAACGGAACGAAUCACGCUGAAUCAUCUGCUGCCGGACAAGGUGUGCACGGAGUGUCUGGACGUUAUGGUAAAAUUUCACCAGUACCAAAGACAGCUGCAGUGUUUGCGCAAAUUCAGCUACGGGCUGGCACGGCUGCUCAAGGGCAGCCGAAAGCCGCUGGAAACACUGUACCAGGAGCAGGGCAGCUACCUGGCCCGCGUGCUAAAGAACCUAAACAUUUGCCCCGGGCCGGAAGAGAAGGUGACACUCGAACGGCUAGAGGCGGAGGUGGCAACGUACGGGCGCAUCAAGAAGUACACGCUGUUCGUACCGAAACCCAUGUCGAUGUGCAGCCUCCUGCACCAAUAUGCAGCGGCAAUUCAACGGACGGACCCAGUCAACAAAAACAGUAACGAGCAGGGAGUACAAAUGCUUCACGAGGUAAACAUCGUGGAAAAGCCACCAGUUACUACUGCUUCAACCAGCCAGGUGGCAGCCGCGCCCGCACACAGAGACGAUGCACAAGGUUCACCGCCCGAGAAGAAUGCACGCAGCGGACAGCGGAAAGCGGAGAACGAGGCGAAUCACGCGAGGCUCUGGAGGAAGACUACUGCUUCCACCAGCCAGGUGGCAGCCGCACCCGCGCACAGAGACGAUGGACAAGGUUCACCGCCCGAGAAGAAAGCACGCAGCAGACCGCGGAAAGCGGAGAACGAGGCGAAUCACGCUAGGCUCUGCCCGUACGCGGCCAUCUGUAAGGAGAGGUUUGCGGAUGAACAGUCGCUGCAGGAGCACAUUGCGAAUCGGCACAAAUUUUUCCACUGCAACGCCUGUGGUGUUAAGAUAAAGUUCUACGAGCUGUACACAAAGCAUAUUGAGAGUCACGCUAUCGCACGUGCUUUGCUGCUGUCGCAUAACAAGAAAGCGACGAACCAGGAGCUGGAGUGUAAAAACUGUGGCAAGACGUUCCAAAGCGAGCAGAUUCUUCGACGCCACGAAACAACCCAUGCCGGAGAGCGCAACUACGUGUGUGGCACCUGUUUGGGGGUGUUUUUAACGAGCGAGGAGUUUGGCAAACACAAAUGUCCCACCGUAGAAAUGAGGGUGGAAACGGCCGAGGAUCCGUUUUCGGAUAAUGUUCGAGUCGAACCGGCGCUUAAAAGGCCCGACUAUAAACCGGACAUUCAAGUUGUAUCAACGCGUGCUAUGCAAGAGUACAGUAGUACUGAGGAGAUGAUAACGGAGGAAGAAUAUUUGGAGGAAAUCCUGGAGGACGAUACCGACGAAAAGGAGAUAGAAGAUUGAGCAUAAGAGCUUAAACUUGAUGACCAUAACAACUCUACCGAACUGGAUGGUUCCAAUAAAAUGACACUUUAUAAUUGAACUCUAUUCAA